CACGACUCUCGAAAAUAGCACGGAUUCGGUAUAAUGCCGUCUGCGCCAAACGAGGAUAGCCGCUAUGCGGCGGCUGUCGCAGCUCUAGGCUUAUCUCGCACAUUUUCUUCGUCUUCGAUCUUGUCUCAUUUCCAUUCGGCUGCUUCCUAUUCGUGUGCGCUCGCGGUAGAGUCUGGGUGAAGCCGCCGUUGGGAUCUACGACCGUACAGCUUUGGUGGAUACGCCCGGGAGAUAAGCCGAAAGUAUGCUGAGGGUUGAACGCGCUGAUAUCCGCACGUCGACUCUCGACACGGCGUCUCUAAUGGAAGGGGAGGACACCGGCUUCCGACCCAGUAUGCUCUACAGCGUCCUGCCUACUCUUGUAUCGAAUCAUCUUCCGACGAUACCUUCGCUCCGACAAUCUCUUAACGAUGUACGAAACCGCGGAUCACAUAGUAAAUCAGCUUCAGUCGACGAGCUACUACAGCCCGAGACGCCUCCUCCAGGCUAUUCGUCGACACCUCCCAGUGGUUCUGUCACACCGCAUAGACUGUCAGUCGCGCUGGGAGAGGCAGACGUCGAGUUUGUGGACGAUGGAUCAGACAGACCUGGCUCUUCAGGAAGCGCACUUUCACAGUCACAUGGUGCUCAGGAGAGCAACUGUGGCAUCAGGUGGAAGUAUGCUACUUUAGGAACAAGCCUCAUGGCACAAGCGUCCCGAGAAUCAAGCGAAUCGAUCAGUAGCCCCGACGAAACAUCCGCGACACUGACCCGACAACUCUACAUACACGGCAUAACGUACUUACUCCGAGGGCUGCCUGCGAAGCUCACCCCAGAAGAGACGUUAAGCAUACAGGCAGCUCUUCCACAAGACGUGAUCGACACAACGAACGACGUGAGUUCGCACGCGUUACUCCCAGUCUCGCAACGCAGCCCUAGCGCCCAAAGAGCACCUCCACAAGACCCCACGAUCCUGCACCGCCUCACUGCCACCUUCGUCCUCCAGUCCUUCAUCCUCAUACAGUUCCUCCUACCAUACAUCAAACUAUUCCUAUCGCACACCUACCAGUUUGAGAGGAAGCAUCAGAUCACAAAACGGCUCGUCAAUAUAGGCGUCGCGACUGUCGAUGACAUCGGACGGAAGACGCUCAGGCUGUCGCAAACCGUGUGCCAAAUGAACGAUGGCAUGGUAGGACAAGCGAUCAACGAGAUGACCAUUUGGUGGGUCAGAGGUGUUACCGGAGGCGUCCAACAGGGCCUUGCGGAGGGAUUACAAGCUCUGAGGAUAGCUGAGAGCCAGCGGGGUGAGGAGAGUAUGGGGCGGAUCAACUGAGUAUUUGGACUGCAUUAGCUAUGGCGUUAGGCAUCUGCAUAACUUGAUACACUGACGAAUUAAUGAUAUGCAUCGACUGUUCCGCUC